AUGGACGGUGCUACGAAUGAAAGCCCCAAUUCCUCUACUUCCAAUGGGCUCAAGAGGGUUUUCACCAGGCCAAAUCGUAGCAAGACCAUUCUCAGCGAAUUCGAUGGCUCCACAUCCAGUCCAAGUGCUGCCCCAUCAAUCGAGUCCAACCCUGAAAAGACACGCCCUUCAACGAGUGGAGGAGGUAGCUACGAUGGCUCACCCAGUGGCAUUGCUAAGUUGAUGCCAGGGGCACGUCGACGACGCAAGAAGAAGAUGGAUGCAGAUGCGUCAAUGUCCCGUGACAAUACGAGUGGAACAGAGCUACAUCGUUACUCCAAUGAAUCUGGAGAUUUUCUAUCUGCCAAUGGAUAUCGCAGAAGCUCAACUGUAGAUAAUACAGAUGGCGAUGAAAUGAGCAACUCAAAAUCUAGAAUGUAUUCAUCUCUGGAUUUAUGCGCUUCCCAGGAGUUACGUCGACAAUCGACGUCGUUGCCUAUUACCACUCAUCAUCUCUCCGAUGCAGCGGAACGGGCGUCCGCUCACAGUGAACUGGCUGAGGCAGCUUCAGAUACCAGUCGACACAUGAUUCGUGUUACUACCAUAGGUGACUUGAGGAGUUUAUCUCGGUCAGCUGCUGCAGACAAGAAGGAUCGGAAACUGAAAGAGGCUUUCAACCCCGUCCCCUUGAAAAUCAGUCGAAGUCCAAGUCCCGACCCUGAAGUUGAAAAAUUACCCGGCACAAAGAGUGGAAGAAACCUUUUUGGAUCUAGGUCAAGGCGGUCAAGUAUCUCCGGGAAAAAAUCUUCAAAACCCCCAGAUGAAGUACCCCCAUUGCCAUCCCCCUUACCCCAACAUGUAGUGGUAUCCAAUACUUUCUCCACGAAACCACCACUUCUGGCCACGGCACUCAGGAGCUCUCCCGCACCCUCCAUACUCCAGCCUUUGACAACGGUGACUCCACCGACUCCAACUGAUUUACGUUCACAAAGUCCGGUGCUUCCGUCUGCAAAUGUUGGGGAAGACAGUGAUACUGCUGGAAAACCCGUCAACUUACCUAACAAUGUUGUUGUUAGCCCGUCGGGGAAUAUGAUAUCCCAUCGACGUGUUCGUUCCGCAGCAGCUGCGCACAGCCCUAGCAAACUUUCCAAUUCCUUGACAGCGCCAUUGACGCCUGCUGUGGAGGAAUCCAAGACCGUGUCGGGGUUUUUUUCGACCAUGUUUUCUGCAGCUCAGAAUGCUGCCUCGAGCCUUGUGAAUAAUCAGACGCGCAAUGUUCCUUCAGAACCCACUGAAUCAGAAAAUCCCAACACUGUCGAUCUCGCAACGGAAACACCUGCAGAUUCCUCCAGAGCUGAAAUUGAGAAAGAGGAGGAGAAAAAGGAGCUUGCGGUGGAAACUCUCGGAAAGGGUGAAUUAAGCUUCAGUCAUCUUGGGAUUGACGCAUCAGAAGGCAGAACGAUUACCACAAAAGAUGGUGUUGUAUUUACGCAGACCGGCGCUACCGAUCGUCCUCGAGGAGGAACCGCGUCCCAAAGAGAUGAGCUGUCUUCAAGGAUAGAAGAUAUGCGUGCCGCUCGCGCAGUUUCCAUGGCAUAUGAAAAGCCAGCUGAUGGGGCAUCAGGGUCCCAGCCUGCCCCCGAACAAGCCAGCACGGAUUUACGUCUCAGUGCUUCUUUUAAUGGUCUCGGAAAGGACAGUACUGGCGAACAGACCCCUCCAGGUGGCAGUGUCUUUGAAGGAGAAACUGGUACCAGUCUCAAACGCAGCGAAAGUGUACGUAGCCGCCUUACACGAAGGCAUCGGGGAUCGUCUGGUGCAACAAUCGGUGUUCUUGGACCGGCAGGACUUGGGUUGGGUCUUCCUGGUGCCAAUUCAAGUGUUACGCGAUUGACGGGCUUUGCCGUGGCAAGCAAGAAGCGAAACCGUGACUUCCACCAGUUGUUUAGAAGCGUUCCGGAAGAUGACUAUCUCAUUGAAGAUUAUAGCUGUGCUCUUCAACGAGAAAUUAUUUUGGCUGGCCGUAUAUACAUUUCCGAAGGUCAUAUUUGCUUUUCAAGCAAUAUUCUCGGCUGGGUGACAACGCUGGUGAUCAGUUUUGAUGAAAUUAUAGCAAUUGAAAAGGAAUCUACUGCUAUGGUUUUCCCGAACGCAAUUGCAAUUCAAACCCUGCAUGCACGACAUACAUUUCGGAGUCUGCUUAGCCGAGACGCUACAUAUGAUUUGAUGGUUAAUAUCUGGAAGAUCAAUCAUCCUACUCUGACGAGUUCAGUUAAUGGCACUCGAAUAGAACAGGGCACAGGUGAUAAAACUGUAAAAGCCAAUGAAAGUGAUGCCGGGAGCGAUGUGAUUUCAGAAGGAGAGGAUGAGAUAUACGAUGAAGAUGAGGAAGACGAAGGCACACAUUUUAUGGACGCUGUUGACGGAAGCGUUGCUAGCAGCGAAAAAUCGGAGUCUCUAAAACGAAUCAGUCGCAAGGCAUCCACACUCCCACUAGCCGGGCCUUCAUCAGUGCCCCUAACUCCCUCUAAAGCAGAAUCUAAACCAAUGGAGAAGGGCGCUUCUGCGUCCGUAUCUUCUCUCCCACAGUUUCCUGGUCUAACCACUCAUGCCCCUACCGAAUUUACUGAUCCCUCCGGCCGUUAUGAUAAAUUGAUCAAGGAUGAAAUAAUACCAGCUCCCCUGGGUCUUGUCUAUACCCUAGUUUUUGGUCCUGCAUCCGGUGCCUUCAUGACGAAGUUCCUUCUCGAUUACCAGAAGGUGACGGAUUUACAAUUUGAAGACGAUAAGAAGGGAAUUGGUAUGGACAACAAAACCAGAUCUUAUUCAUAUACAAAGCCACUAAACGCACCUAUUGGACCGAAACAAACGAGAUGCACUAGCACGGAAUAUUUAGACAUUUUGGACCUGGAAAAGGCUGUUUUGGUCACUCUAACGACGCAAACUCCCGAUGUGCCAAGUGGGAAUAUUUUCUGUGUGAAAACAAAAUACCUGCUUACCUGGGCUGAGAAUAAUUCUACCAGGUUCUAUAUGACUUGCUCCAUAGAGUGGACAGGCAAGAGUUGGCUUAAAGGUCCUAUCGAAAAGGGCGCAAAUGACGGCCAGGUCUCCUUUGGAAAUGACCUGGUCAAGGCGCUUAGGGCGGGCGUGGCACCUCAGUCGCGCAUUGCAACCCUUCCUAAGGGUGCUGGCAAGGGAACCAAAGGGAAACGAAAGGGGCAAAGCACUGCAGAACUCGAUGCAGCAACAAGAGUACAAGCAGAAAUGGAAGCAAGCAAGCGACAGACUGAAAGUUGGGGAAUUUUUGAACCCUUACGAAGACCUCUUGGCCCAUUUGUGGGCGUUUUUAAACCAUUCUGGAGCGGGAAUGUUGCUGCUGGCGUCAUCGUCAUCUUAUUUCUGCUGUUAUGGUUCCGUACACCACCGCCAUCUCGCCAUACGCCGUCGGGGGCUCGCUCUCCGUUACUUUCCACCCCGGAGCGAAUAGUUGCAUAUGAGGAACUUUGGCAACGAGGGGAAAACGAACUGUGGAACUGGCUGGAGGAAAGGGUUGGUAUGGAUGGUUUAGCGUACCCUGCCAGAGAACAAGUGCCAUUAGAAAAAUCUGAUAACUCGGACAAUUCGAAAACUGAGAGACAGCGACACAAGCAACAACUUUUGAGCGAAAAGGAGCUUGAGCGCCGUCUGAGGGAUGAAAGGAUGACGGAGCGGGAGAUGGAGGAUGCUAUCCGAGUGACACAGCAGCGACUUGAUAUGCUCAAUCAUAUUGUUAUGAGGCGGAAGCACGAGCAUGAAUAG